AUGGUGCAGCCGAUCCGUAUUGGAGAGUCGCGAUCCAUAACGAAUACCGAGAAGCUUGGCUUCAUUAGUAUUGUCAGUGACUCUUCAUACUCACCGCCGAGCAAUACCUUUGGACACGUAGAAACUGAGGAACAACAGAGAGAUCAUUGA